UCCAAUCGUGCAACUGCAACCCAUGAUUUAGAUGGCAAAUCUGCAGAGGCUGUAAUUUAAAGUAGAAACUUUUAGUCUCCAAAACUUACCUAUUCUUAGUUACACCCUCUCUCAUUCAUUUAUCCAUAUCUAAAUUAAAUAGUAAAAAAAAAACCCCAAUUUGGGUUUACAAAACUCUGCUUUAAGAUCCCAACAACUUUUAGACAACCCUCCCCUUACACCAACACCCAAUCAAUCACACACAGAUACCCAAAAAACACAGAAACAAAGAAAAACAAAACUCAAAACACUUCCUCCAGCUUCCAUGGCUUCCUCUUCCAUCAAAGCCAUCUCUACCACCUCCCCCUUCAAAGCCUCCUCCUCACCUUCUUCUCAGCCCCCAUCUUCCUCAAAACCCUCCCUCCUUUCCUUUCUCCACACCUCCUCUUCAAACCCCAUCUCCUUAACACUCUCCCAUUCCCAUUCCCAUGCCCAUAAUUCUCAUUCCCAUUCUUUUCUCAUAACCAACGUUUUGAAAACAGCUGACUCAUCCGAGACCUCCGUUUCCAAGUCCCAAAACCUCAAGCCGACGUCUUCAGAUUCAACCCCGACCAUUUUGGUCUCCGAGAAGCUCGGAGAAGCCGGUCUUCAAGUCCUACGUGGCUUUGGCAACUUGGACUGCGCAUAUAACCUCUCUCCUGAGGAGCUCUGCGCCAAGAUCUCGACAUGCGACGCUUUGAUUGUUCGCAGCGGCACGAAGGUGACCAGGCAGGUUUUUGAGGCCGCAAAAGGGAGGUUGAAGGUGGUGGGAAGAGCUGGUGUUGGUAUUGACAAUGUGGAUCUGCAGGCGGCCACGGAGUUCGGAUGCCUGGUCGUUAAUGCCCCCACAGCAAACACCGUGGCCGCCGCAGAGCACGGGAUUGCUCUGCUCACUGCCAUGUCACGGAAUGUUGCACAGGCUGAUGCUUCCAUCAAAGCUGGAAAAUGGCUACGAAACAAGUACGUUGGUGUCUCUCUGGUUGGGAAGACAUUAGCAGUAAUGGGAUUUGGAAAAGUUGGAUCAGAAGUUGCUAGACGUGCAAAAGGCUUGGGAAUGAAUGUUAUUUCACAUGAUCCAUAUGCCCCAGCUGACAGAGCCCGUGCCGUCGGUGUGGAUUUGGUCUCUUUUGAGCAGGCCAUUGCCACUGCAGAUUUCAUCUCACUGCAUAUGCCUCUCACCCCUGCCACAUCAAAGGUGUUCAAUGAUGAAACAUUUGCAAAGAUGAAGAAGGGAGUUCGCAUCAUUAACGUUGCCAGGGGCGGCGUCAUUGACGAAGAUGCAUUAGUGAGAGCCCUUGAUAGUGGAGUUGUUGCUCAGGCUGCACUUGAUGUGUUCACAGAGGAGCCUCCAACGAAAGAUAGCAAGUUGGUGCAACAUGAGAAUGUCACUCUCACACCUCAUCUUGGAGCUAGCACAAAGGAAGCACAGGAAGGUGUAGCCAUUGAAAUUGCAGAGGCUGUAGUUGGAGCUUUGAAAGGGGAACUUUCUGCAACUGCCGUCAACGCUCCCAUGGUCCCUCCUGAGGUUCUGUCUGAGUUGUCUCCUUAUGUUGUGCUAGCUGAGAAGCUUGGUAAGUUGGCUGUCCAACUAGUAGCGGGAGGGAGUGGAAUCACAUCAGUGAGGGUGGUUUACAAAUCAGCUCGGGACCCCGAUGACUUGGACACCAGACUUCUCAGGGCCAUGAUCACUAAGGGCAUCAUCGAACCGAUAUCUGCCUCCUUCAUCAAUCUAGUCAAUGCAGAUUUCGUUGCGAAGCAGAAAGGCCUGCGCAUAAGUGAGGAAAGGGUAGCUGUAGACUCAUCUCCUGAGUUCCCUGUUGAUUCAAUCCAGGUGCAAAUAUCCAAUGUGGGGUCUAAGUUUGCAAGUUCUGUUUCGGAGAGUGGAAGCAUAAGCAUUGAGGGGAAAGUAAAGUAUGGGGAGCCUCAUCUGACAUGCUUGGGAUCCUUUGGUGUGGAUGUGAGCCUGGAAGGAAACCUCAUUCUGUGCCGGCAAGUGGAUCAACCCGGCAUGAUAGGCCAGGUGGGGAACAUACUUGGGAAUGAUAAUGUGAAUGUGAGCUUUAUGAGUGUGGGAAGAACAGUGCAGAAGAAGGCCUUAAUGGCAAUUGGUGUGGAUGAGGAACCAAACAAAAGGACUUUGGAAAAAAUAGGGAAGGUGCCUGAUAUUGAAGAGUUUGUGUUCCUCAAUCUAUAGUUUCUGGUAUAGAAUAAUACCCUUGGCUGCAGCUGUGAAUUUAAUCUCAGAUAGUGAAAAAUUCUGCCAACCUGAUAUAUGGCAGAAGUGAGGGUCUUGGAAUUGCUGUUUAGUUAGUUUUUGCAAUUCUUUAACUGCUUUCAGUGAUUGUUAUGGCCGCUGCCAUUGUUGUUGUUGUUCCAUUAUUGCCUAUGCUUGCCUAUGC